GCCCUCGGCUCGUUUCUUACGUCACUGCUACGCAUGCGCUGUGAGAGGAGGAGCGAGAUUUCGGGGGAAGGGUAGGGGGCGGGCCUAGACAGAGGUCUCUCGGCGACUGCGCGGUCGGGAUUCCGACUGGAACAUGGCGACUUGUGCCGAAAUCCUGCGGAGCGAGUUCCCAGAAAUUGACGGACAGGUCUUCGACUACGUGACUGGCGUUUUGCACAGCGGCAGCGCGGACUUCGAGUCUGUGGAUGACUUGGUAGAAGCUGUGGGAGAACUAUUGCAAGAGGUUUCCGGGGACAGCAAGGAUGACGCGGGCAUCAGAGCUGUGUGCCAACGCAUGUACAACACUCUGCGCCUGGCUGAGCCACAGAGCCAGGGAAGUAGCCAGGUGCUACUGGACGCCCCUAUCCAGUUGUCAAAGAUAACGGAGAACUACGACUGUGACACCAAACUUCCGGGACUGCUAAAGAGGGAACAGUCCUCGACAGUGAAUGCAAAGAAGCUAGAAAAGGCCGAGGCCCGACUGAAGGCAAAGCAGGAGAAGCGCUCAGAGAAGGACACCCUGAAGACCAGCAACCCACUAGUCUUAGAAGAGGCAUCAGCCAGCCAGGCGGGCAGCAGAAAGGAGAGUCGAUUGGAAUCAUCUGGCAAGAACAAGUCCUAUGAUGUGCGAAUUGAGAACUUUGAUGUGUCCUUUGGAGAUAGGGUACUCCUGGCUGGGGCAGAUGUGAACCUGGCAUGGGGCCGCCGAUAUGGACUGGUGGGACGGAAUGGGUUAGGGAAGACAACACUGCUGAAGAUGCUGGCCACCCGGAGCCUGCGGGUCCCAGCCCACAUUUCCCUGCUACAUGUAGAGCAGGAGGUUGCUGGAGAUGACACCCCUGCCCUGCAGAGUGUGCUGGAGAGUGAUAGUGUGCGAGAGGACCUGCUACAGCGGGAGCGUAAGCUCAGUGCCCAGAUUGCUGCUGGCAGGGCAGAGGGUCCAGAAGCUGCACAGCUGGCUGAAAUCUAUGCCAAAUUGGAAGAGAUUGAGGCUGACAAGGCACCUGCCAGGGCAUCAGUCAUUCUUGCUGGACUUGGCUUUACUCCUAAAAUGCAGCAGCAACCCACCCGGGAGUUCUCAGGUGGCUGGAGGAUGAGACUGGCCCUGGCCCGGGCCCUGUUUGCUAGGCCAGAUCUUCUGCUAUUAGAUGAACCCACAAACAUGCUGGAUGUAAGAGCCAUUCUGUGGCUGGAGAAUUAUCUACAGACAUGGCCCUCCACAAUCCUAGUCGUCUCUCACGACCGAAACUUCCUGAAUGCCAUUGCCACAGACAUUAUCCACCUGCACAGUCAGCGGCUAGAUGGUUAUCGGGGAGACUUUGAGACCUUCAUCAAGAGCAAGCAGGAACGGCUGCUUAAUCAGCAGCGUGAAUAUGAGGCACAGCAGCAGUAUCGCCAGCACAUCCAGGUUUUCAUUGACCGGUUUCGCUACAAUGCCAAUAGGGCCUCUCAAGUGCAGAGUAAACUCAAGAUGCUGGAGAAGUUACCUGAGCUGAAGCCUGUGGACAAAGAAUCCGAGGUUGUGAUGAAAUUCCCUGAUGGGUUUGAGAAGUUCUCACCACCAAUUCUGCAGCUAGAUGAGGUGGAUUUCUACUAUGAUCCUAAGCACAUCAUCUUCAGUCGUCUGUCUGUCUCAGCUGAUCUUGAGUCCCGCAUAUGUGUGGUUGGGGAGAAUGGGGCUGGAAAGUCUACCAUGCUGAAGCUACUUAUGGGGGACUUGGCACCUGUUCGAGGCAUCAGACAUGCUCAUAGGAAUCUGAAGAUUGGCUAUUUCAGCCAGCACCACGUGGAGCAGCUGGACCUGAAUGUCAGUGCUGUGGAGCUGUUGGCACGCAAGUUUCCUGGGCGACCUGAGGAGGAAUAUCGUCACCAGCUGGGCCGGUAUGGCAUCUCUGGAGAACUGGCAAUGCGCCCUGUUGCAAGCUUGUCAGGGGGCCAGAAGAGCCGGGUGGCCUUUGCUCAGAUGACCAUGCCCUGUCCCAACUUCUACAUUCUGGAUGAACCCACAAACCAUCUGGACAUGGAGACAAUUGAGGCUCURGGCCGAGCUCUAAACAAUUUCAGGGGUGGUGUGAUUCUGGUGUCCCAUGAUGAGCGCUUCAUCCGGCUUGUGUGCCGAGAGUUGUGGGUGUGUGAAGGAGGCGGCGUCACCCGGGUUGAGGGGGGAUUUGACCAGUACCGAGCCCUCCUUCAGGAACAAUUUCGCCGUGAGGGCUUUCUCUAGGGCCACCAGGCUAAGGACUAUGCCCAGGACCUGGACUGGUUUUGAAGAUCUCUGGGCCACCAUUUAAGCAAUCACGUCCAGGCCACAGACUUCCCCCUACCUGGGGACAGCCUUAUUCCAAGAUCUCUUCCUUUUGACUGGAGCAUUCUCUAUACAAUGUGGAGAGCCCCAUCCAAGGGUCUGUAAGGACUAUAUCCCAGCAGAAGGGGGUGGGGGUACCCUCUAGGGUUGUUUACCCCCACUGCCCCAGAUUGACUGGGCCCCAAGUGGCUGCUAUGUAAAUUAAAUUAUCCCCUGCAUCUCCUUUG